AUGGCAGAUAAACCUGAGCAAAAUCAAGUACCAGUAACAAGUGAAAAGAAGAAGGACCCAAAAAGAGUAGCCGCAGGAAAACGACUAGCUGCAAUCAGUAGAAUAGCAAAGGAGAGGAAAAAGAAACUGGCUGAACCAAGGGAGUUACCUAGCAAUGACAGUAUGAUUACCUACAUAGGAGUGGCCAUUGCAUUGAUAUCUCUUGUGCUAGCAUAUAAAACACAUCAGAGGGAAAUAAAGGAACUAGAACCUAAGUUCAUCCCUAAAACUGUAGAAGUAACUAGGAAAGCUGAUGAGUCCAAGUUAGAUUCACUUGAAUGA